AUGUGGGGACGUGGAUCGGCGGAGAAGGACAAGGCUGUCGACAAGAGUAUUCGACUCGCCGAGGGAGCUGUUAUUCAGUCAACUGGGGCUGUGGACGACUUGACCACGGUCCAAUUCUACAGUUCAGAUGACUGCUCUCCAGGGACCGAGAUCACUCGUGCCGAUGACGGAUGUGUCACCGUUGAUAAUGGCGCUGUUGGGGCAUACAAUUCCUUCCAGGUCAUCUCAAGCAAUCCACUAGGUUCGCGCGCCCCAACGAGGCGUCCACCAGCACAACGCCGAAGACACUUCCAGAACACAACUUUUCAAGAACCCCAUCCCAGUUCACCGAUACUCUACCACGGUAUGAUAGCCACCUUUGAUGGCAUCGAGUACAAGUGGCAGCAGAUUCAUGCCACUGGGUACAUUGGAAUCCUGCCUCACACAUGGGAUGAUGUUUUACAUGCAAGAAACACUACUGAAAUGAGUACCGACAAUGGCGGAGACUCCGAGGCAAAGGAUCUAGAAGAACGCAACUUGUCCGAGGCUCUCUGCUCUACCUUUACCACAUGCAAGUCCGCAAUUAGAGUGACAGGGAAUGGCGUGGCUACGGUAGGGCAAUUUGCAGGUCCUUACUUUGCGAGCGCGGGGCAAGCGGCUCUCAAAGCCGGUGUUUCAGUAAACGACUUCCUGAACAACAACCCUUUCAUUGCUCAGCUUGCCGCUGGCGGAGCAACCGGUUUGGUCUCAGCUUGGGUUGGAGCCAAGCUCCAAGGUGACUCGAAGAAUUGCGCGGCAUGUUCCACCCAGAACGAGCAGGUCGAUGCCCUCAUAUCAAUCAUUCAGUCUCAGAAUUCCGCGCUGAACGCCGCAUCAGCGACCGUGACAGCUCAAGUGGACAAUGCCGCAGACGAUGUUUUCAGCCUCACCAUGACUGUGGUAACUUGCGGCCAAUCACUGACUGCAACGGGUUGCGGCAUUCCUGCUGGGUUUUGCACCAGUAUAUAG